AUGUCGAAAUGCGGCCUGACGGUCGGACAGGCGGCGGGGGGCUCCCUAAAAUCGUUUCUUCCCCAGUGUGGGCUGUCUUCAUCCGAUGGGAAUCACAAGAUUGGCGAGAAGCGCCCUUUUUGGGUCGAUGAGGGGGCCUAUGUGCGCUAUUUGCGAAGCUGCGUGACGCGGGAGUUUACGUACAACUGCAUCGGCUAUAUCAGCGCGCUCUGUGAGUAUAGUUAUCAACAUCCCGAUGUCGAUCUCGCCAGGUGCCGUUUAUUACCCUCUUUUACGAAAACCGCGAGCAUUCCUCAGCUCAAAAUGCUUUGCGAGGAUACGUUAGAGCUUCUUCAGAGCACCGCAACCCUCGAGGUGGAGAUCCCGAUUGGGUGGUAUUUGGCAAAGGCGAUGCUGUCCAAGCGUCUGACCGACGCGCGGGUGCUGUAUUUUAUCUGCUGUCAAUCCCUGGUAAGGUUCCUCGACGCCGCCAUUUCCAAAGUUCUUCAAAAUUUUAACGAUCCCACCGCAUCCUCCGGUUUUUUGAGCCUCGCUCAGCUUUUCGAGGAAAGAAAAGGCACGACCUGCGCGAUGUGUUUUGUGCUCAACCGCAGCACCGGUACCACACCAGGGGUUCUGUCGCCCCAACUCGCGCCCCCCUCCAAAGAAUUUGUGGGUUCGAACGACUAUGGAUUUCAGGGUUUUUUGAAAGAUUGGUAUAAUAUCCUCCACCAGUUCGAUCGUACCGUCCGGAUGCUGCGAAAUCUUUGCGAGACUGUCAAAGGCGACGAGGUUGAGACCCUCGCGCUCGCGAACUACACCGUCCGUAUUCCCAAAGAAGUGUUGGACCGAAUGAAUGUUUUAUCCCGCGUAAUGAAGGCGAAAUUGCGGGGAACUUCUGAGGAGGACGACGACGACAACGAAAGAGCGUUUUCCUCCCAGACCGAGACGUCCGAUCGGGUUGGUUUUAUUCCUUCCGCAGGGGUAGAUUUGCGGGUGUGGAAGGAUCGUCUUUUCUACGCGCGGAUCACCUGGGAUAGACAGCUUGACGCCCUCCGCGGGCUUUUUAAAGAAAACCGCGGGGUUGGGCCGCUGUUGGAUGGGGUGGAGGAGAAGUUUCGGCAUUAUUUUAAUGCGCUGGAGGGGCUGUCGGAUGGGGGAGGCUACAAGGGUGCGGACUCACCCGGCGCCCUCUCCACCCUUUGCGAGACAUCCUGCGAGUCCAAAGGGGGAAAUGAGGCUUCGUUAAUAAAUACCCUCAUCGCGUGUACGGUCUCGCCGGAAGAAUCCUCAGGCGGCGGAGCAGGAGGAGGAGGGACCUUUCCUGAGCGCGAGACGGUGAAUCUUCAGCUUUCCCGCGCCUAUCACCUUCACAGCCGGGUUUCGGAGCCCACGCUUUCGUCGUCCUCCCUUCCGACGGAAAAUAAAGAAGGGGGCAAUGACGAAGUCGUCCGCGAGGGAGGGAUGCCCUUGACGGAGGAAUUAAUCCACACCAACGCGUCGAUCCAAAGCCUGCUCGAGAAGGAUGACGUCGUGGUGGUGUGUAAUGAGCCGGUCUCGACAGACGAUCAGGGGAGCCUGGCGGCGCGCUUUCAAAUCAUCCGAGGCCAUCCCUCUAUCGGGGAAGGGAGUUUUAGCUGCGUUUAUCGAGCCUGGGAUGCUUUCAUCGGCCGCUAUCUCGCGGCGAAGGAGAUCACGUUGGAGGCCAAACGCCUCCCCGGGGUGGUGCGGGGGGUUUUGAAAGAGUACAUGGUGCUCACGAGCCUCCGCCACCCCAACAUUGUCCAGGUCGUCGCCUUGAUGAUUGACGGGAAUUCGUGCAAGAUUUUUAUGGAAUGGAUGCCAUCAGGGUCUUUGCGGGAGGUUUUGCGGGAGAACCGCUCGGGGGUUCUUCGCGAAGGGGUGGUGAGUCGAUAUAUUCGCGAUACGCUGCUGGGGCUGGAUUUUUUGCACAGCCGCGGGGUCCUCCAUCGGGAUAUCAAGCCGGCGAAUAUGUUGUUGGGGACCGAAGGGGCUGUCAAGCUCACGGACUUCGGGACGAGUGUGCUGCUGUCGGAGAACGAGCAGACGCUUGAGUCCGGGGUGAUUAUGGGGACGGCCCCGUAUAUGGCGCCCGAAGCCGUCCGCGGGAUUUAUUCUGCCGCGAGCGAUGUGUGGUCGUUGGGGUGUACCGCCCUGGAGCUCGCCACUGGGCAUGUCCCGUGGGAGGAUCCGGAUACCGGCACGCGAUUGAACCCGGUUCAGCUAAUUUACAAAAUCGGCAAACUCCACGACGACGACAACGCGUAUGGGAUGCCGCAUUCCUACCUCCGCGCGAGAUCCCCCUCGAGUGAGAACGGUGCUGCGGGGAUUCCCCAACCGGCGGUGUCGGUAUCUGAGGAUUUUCUUGGUUUUUUGGAUUCCAUCUUCGUCCUCGAUCGACACGCGCGCGCGACGACCGCGGAGCUGCUUGCGCAUCCUUUUAUUACCAAACAUCACGAAGCCUGGAAGCUUCGGCAAAGCGAAUUGGAGGCGGAGGUGAAUCAUCUCAGCACUGAUUUUCAAGCUAAACGCGAGGAAGGAGCGCUGUGA